UCGUUUUAAUAUUAAUAUUGCUGAUUAUGUAUGAAGGUUGGGAAGACCAUGAAGAACAAAGACACAGAUUAUGCUGUAGAGAGUGUACAUGAUAUAGUCCAUGUGAUUCCAGAGAUAUGGGUAAAUGGAUCAGACGGUGGUGACCAAGGGAUUAGCAGAACAAGAAGUGAACUAGGUGCAAUUCUUUCGACCACAACUCCUGUAGGGGCUUGAUAAAUAUCUGCUAUAUAUCUUCAUCUGGGACCCUUGAAUUAUUUUGCAGGGGUCCCCCUGUACGUGUCAUGUUAAUCACGUGGGUGUAACUGUAUUGAAAUGUGCAUAAUGCUUUUGUACAUGAACUGGGUAUGAACUUGGCCUGCCUUUACUGUAUUAAUAUAAAUAAAUAAAUUUUAUUUGC